UAGAGGAAGAUUAAGAUUCCGUUUAUAGCUUACGAAAUUGCAUGUGUGUAUAUAUAUAUAUAUAUGUAGUGAACCACUGAAUCUCUAAACAGAAAUAGAAUUCACAGUCACAACUUGAUUCUUCAAAAGAGAGAAAUACAACCAGCUUUUGGGUUUUCAUAAAAUGGGAGACAAUGAUUUCCGGUGUUCAGGACUUCAACGCUUAUCUACGGUGAACUGGCAAAAUGAACGUCAUCAAAGAUCCAUAAUGGCAAGCCUGGUUAAGGGUGUAUAUGUACAGGAGGAUGAUCGUCAACAAAAACGGCAAGGGUGUCUUGCCCUCGCACCACCAUGGUGGGAAUUCUUCAAUUUUGUGCUACUGGAAGUGCUCGUUGAUGAUGACGCUUCCUCUAUCUCUGCAGAUUUCUCCAUCUUUGGGGCUGUUUAUGAAUUCACACCGUCCAACAACUACUAUCCCGUCGGAGCUCCAAGAUAUGUUAUUGCUUUUAGAGGAACUAUGUUGAAAAAAGAGACUAUCGUACGGGAUACGAUAUUAGACAUAAAUGUUUUGACAAAUAAUCUUUCCCGUAGGUCUCGUUCCGAUAAGGCGAUGCAAGCUGUUGAAAAUAGAGUAUCUGGAAAAGGAGAUAGUCGUAUCUGGUUAGCAGGGCAUUCUUUGGGUGCUUCCCUAGCAAUGCUUGUGGGAAAAAAUAUGGCACGUAAGGGUAAUUUCCUUGAAUCAUACUUCUUUAAUCCACCAUUUGUUGCAGCUCCAAUGAAGCGUCGGAUCAGAAAAGCUAGAACCUGGAUCAAAGCUGGACUCACAGUCGGGAUAAAAGAUUACCAAGAGAGGCAACGUUCAAAAAGUCUGUUCAAUAACUUGUGCAAGUGGGUACCAAAAUUGUUUCUGCAUGAGUCUGACCUUAUAUGCGCGGGAUACGUUGGAGAUUUUGAACUCAGAGAAUCGAUGGAAAGCGAUGGGGUUGGAGAUGUUGGGAGGUUGGCGGCACAAAAUACAAUGAGGGGGAUAUUUACAGGAGCUUUAGGAAUGGAUUCUAUUUUGAAUUUAUUCGGAAUCAAUUGCUCAGAUGAUUUACACUCACUUGCUUCAGCUUGUUUAACUACUAGUUGCAUUCGGAAAUUCCAAUCUCACAAUCUUAGUCAAUGGUUUACAGAUGAAACAGUUUCAGACUCUAAGGUAUAUUCCACGGGUGGUUUUCCAAAGCCUGCGAUUAGUCAGACCGACAAUCCCGAGAAAACCACUACGAGUUGUCCUCCUCCUUUGGUAGGACAAGCUACCAUGUUCGAGAUAGCUGCUGAUGUUUCAACCUUGUAUGGUUGUGGCAACUUCGAGUUGGUCUAUAACUUUUGGGUUCCACCAGAACAUAAGGACUUCUACACGCAGAUAGUGGAGACUUAUGGGCAUAUUCCAACCCUGCUGGCGGGUCGCCAUGAGAUGAAUACAUUUGUUAACGUGACUCGUCUUCUUCUGGAUGCUGCUGUCGAGAUGACUCACUUAGGAGAGUCUUUUCCUUCAGAAGAAAAGUUGUCGUCCUGGCGCAGUGCCCUCGAUCAUGCCCGCUUUUUUAUGUUCAAUAUCUCUUGGUUGGAAGAGCUUUUCAAGGAGAUUGAGAAGAAGCGUGAUUCUCAGCAAGAACUAUUACGGGUUGAGGUCGCCCGACUUAAAAAGGAAGUGGCAAGUCUUCAACUUACGCGCGUGCCGCUGGUUCAGGAGGCAGCCGAAGUCGAAGUGAAGAUUCGUAAAAGGAUAUAUUACGGUUAAUACUUAUGGGAAAUUUAUACUAGGAUACAUUAAUUAAAUAUCCUAGGAAUUGAAAUGGAACCCUUCAAAUGGAAAUUUUAUAGAUUAUUAAAAUGUCUGUAAAAUAAAUUAAACUCUUCGCCCUAAUUUCUUAAUUACUUUCAUGUCUUUAUCCAAUGAUUUCAGUUUGGAGUCCAUUAACUUAUGUAUGAUAUAUGUUCCAUUUUUUCUGGGAACAUUGGCUGUCAUCUAUAAAAAUCGGGACAAAUUUCACUAAUUCA